AAACAUUUUUAUUACAACCAAUUGAAAAAUUUUUAUUAUUAUUUAAAUUUAAAUUUAAUUAUUUAUUAAAUAAAAAUCAAGAAUUUUUUCGUUUAAUUAAUUUAAAAUUUAAUAAAAAUUUUCAAAAUUUUUUAUUAAAUAAUCAAAUUAAAUUUGAUACAAAUUUUUUAAAUGAAUAUUCAUCAACAAUUUAUUCAAUGAAAAUUCAAAAUAAUGAUUAUAAACAAUUAUAUACAGAAAAACGACAAUUAUUAACACAAUUAUUUAAAAAAUUAACAUCAAUUGGUUUAUCAUUUAAAAAAGGUUUGUUAAAUAUUAAUUCAUUAAAAACAUUUUCAUUAUUAAAUAUUGAUUUUAAAUUUAAUAAUAUUGAUUUAAAUAAUAAAAUUUAUGGUUUUAUUCAAAUAAAAAAGAAAAAUAAAUUUCUUAUUGAUAAUCG